CUGCCGCUCCUGCGAGUGGCAGGCUGGAGAGGGUUUGUGUUCACGAGGAAGUGUGGUUUCAUGACUGCAGCUUCUGCAAGGGGAUCGGAGGCCACCCUGGAGCUUUGACAAGAACAGGCACAGAAUCCAGCAGUGAAGUCAUUCAAGCCACAGACAUGAAAUGAACACCUACUUGGUGCCAGACCCCAGGCCAGGUGUUAGAGUCACAGAAAUGGCACUGACCACGUCCUGCCUAUGUGCUGGCAGUGGGUGGUGACGAACCGUUCCAGUGAGCAGUUCUUUUAGGCCUGGCUGUCAGUUUGUGGUAGUGAAAGAGAAUCCCGGAUGUGGAGUCAGGCUGUCUGAAUUCUUGUCGUCCAGGGAAUGUGGUCCUCUGCCACCAAAACAUCAGGAGAAAUGGACAAGCCGCUGAUCAGCCGCCGCCUGGUGGACAGUGAUGGCAGCCUUGCUGAAGCCCCCAGUGAGGCCCCUAAAGUGGGCAUCCUGGGCAGCGGGGACUUUGCCCGCUCCCUGACCACGCGCCUGGUGGGCUCUGGCUUCGGUGUGGUGGUGGGGAGCCGCAACCCCAAACGCAUGGCCGGGCUGUUCCCCUCAGCAGCACAAGUGACUUUCCAGGAGGAGGCGGUGGGCUCCCCUGAGGUCAUCUUUGUGGCCAUGUUCCGGGAGCACUACUCCUCACUGUGUAGUCUCAGCAGCCAGCUAGCCGGCAAGAUCCUGGUAGAUGUGAGCAAUCCCACAGAGCAGGAACACCUUCGGCACCGCGAGUCCAACGCUGAGUACCUGGCCUCCCUUUUCCCCACCUGCUCGGUGGUCAAGGCCUUCAAUGUCAUCUCCGCCUGGACCCUGCAGUCUGGCCCGAGGGAUGGCAACAGGCAGGUGCCCAUCUGCAGUGACCAGCCGGAAGCCAAGCACACUGUCUCAGAGAUGGUGCACGCCAUGGGCUUCACACCCGUGGACAUGGGGUCCCUGGUCUCAGCCCGGGAGGUGGAGGCCAUGCCCCUGCGCCUCCUCCCGGGCUGGAAGGUGCCGGCCCUCCUGACCCUGGGGCUGUUGGUCUUCUUCUACGCCUACAACUUCGUCCGGGACGUGCUGCACCCCUACCUGCAGGAGGGCAAGAACAAGUUCUACAAGCUCCCGGUGUCCGUGGUCAACACUACGCUGCCGUGCGUGGCCUACGUGCUGCUGUCGCUGGUCUACCUGCCCGGCGUGCUGGCGGCCGCCCUGCAGCUGCGGCGCGGCACCAAGUACCGCCGCUUCCCGGACUGGCUGGACCACUGGCUGCAGCACCGCAAGCAGAUCGGCCUGCUCAGCUUCUUCUGCGCCGCGCUGCACGCGCUCUACAGCUUCUGCCUGCCGCUGCGCCGCUCGCACCGCUACGACCUGGUCAACCUCGCCGUGAAGCAGGUCUUGGCCAACAAGAGUCAUCUCUGGGUGGAGGAGGAGGUCUGGCGGAUGGAGAUCUACGUCUCGCUGGGAGUGCUGGCGCUCGGCACGCUGUCCCUGCUGGCCGUCACUUCGCUGCCGUCCAUUGCUAACUCGCUCAACUGGAGGGAGUUCAGCUUCGUGCAGUCCACCCUGGGCUUUGUGGCCCUGGUGCUGAGCACCCUGCACACGCUCACCUACGGCUGGACCCGCGCCUUUGAGGAGAGCCGCUACAAGUUCUACUUGCCUCCCACCUUCACGCUCACACUGCUGGUGCCCUGCGUCGUCAUCCUGGCCAGGGGCCUGUUCCUCCUGCCCUGCGUCAGCCGCAGACUCUCCAAGAUCCGGAGGGGCUGGGAGAAGGACGGCGCCAUCAAGUUCACGCUGCCCAUGGACCACACCCUGGCCCAGAAGACCAGCCACGUGUGAGGUGCCUGCGCCCGGCGCCGGAAACCAGACGGGGCAGGACGGUGCCCUGAGCCUGUCAGGGCUUCUUUUCUUGACCGUGCAGUGUGAUGAGAUUGUGCACAAACUGGCGGUUUGAGGUCCGAAUUCCUGGAACGCAAAUGUAUGUAGUAAUAUGCAGAAUGACACGUGCGUGUGAUGUAUAUGUUCCUAUAUAUUUCAUAUGUAUAACAGGAUUUGCAAUUAUAUUUACUUAGCUAAAAAGUUGAGUCCCUGAGAUUUCAACUGGUAGAUGUAAAAGCAAGUGCCAGAUGUCUGGAGAACAGCAGCUCGCACUGUCGUGACAUUUGCAGAGAUAUUCACAUGCUUUUUUGCACAGAGAAGGCAGUGAGAGGCUUGUACCUUGGUGGAUUCGAUCCAUGGGUGCCCCCCAACCCCUUUCUGCUCCUUUCCCAAGGCUUUUGCCAGGCUGGGACUCUGAGGUGGCAGGGCAGACAGCAACUCUGCCUGGAGCCCAAUGCGGGUGCACGGGGCUGAAGAGUCGCCGGUAAGCAGCGGCUGCGGCUCCUGCCUCGUCCACCUUCCAUGGCAGCAGGAUGUCAAGCUGGGGAGCAAGGGCACUGGGGGCCGAGCCUGGCGUCUGCGUGCUGAGAGCCCUCUGCCUGGCGUGGAGGGGGAGGGGGUGUGUGUUGGGGCUGAAGCUGCUCCCCCAAUCCUCCCUGAGCUGGCAAGAUUUUUUCCUGAAAGUCAGAAGUCACCACAGCAGCUGCAAAUUGAUCCUCCUGUGGGAGUGUGAAGUCACCUCCUUGCCGGAGCCACUAAUGAACCCCAUCUUGAGAACGAGUGUAAUUUCUUUCCUUCCUUUAAGUUGGUGAUGACCAUUCUUUCGACCACUGUGCCUUCUCACCUUUUAGAUCAUUAGUUUGACUGUCUCCCAGGAAUGCCUAGAGCAGACCCUGUAAAAGUGAGUUCAAGUGGGAGGGGGACACACAAGAGCACGCGCAGUGUUGCAGCUGAGCCUUUCUCAGGACCAGCCCAGGGCGCUGAAGGACUGAUUGUCCUCAUUAAAUUGGUCCUAUGGAAAAACACCGGGAACCUCUUCAGAUGGCCUCUGCUGCCUCUGGACAAAGAACCUGCCUUUCGAGCGCCCAGAAAACCACUAUGGCUCCAAGUUCCUCCUAACAGAGGGUUACGUUUCAAAAGAGUCAGGAGAGUCUUUUCCGCCAAAGCUCCAGACUUGAAACGCUGCUGCCCCAAAGCACAAGAGGCUGGACCACAGCCAGGGCCACAGGACGCACGUCCUCGAAUCAUAUGCCAUCCCUCACUGAUUCGUACUGAAACUGACUUUACUUCUUCCCCUGCAGAGAAACAGCUGUUCGUGGCUGAGCCCCCAACCCCUGGCAGAACCAGGAGAUCUGCCAUCUCUGCUGAAAAAGCCCCUUUGAACACAAAGGCUGGGAGGUCCUGAUGGAAGACAUCAGUGAGAUGCGCACUGACUCUACUGCAAAUGCUGGUCACACUUAUAUUUCUUAGGUCUCCUGAGCCGGAGGGCAUCUUAGGAUGGAACAAAGAGAGUCGAGCCGGCAAAGGCUGACCAGAUAAUGUUACAAGGAGAGGAUGCCCCUGCUCCCCCAGGAAGGCUUCAUGAGCUCAUGUCUGUGGAGCGCAUUAGGGUCCUUUAGUGAAAAGGAAAAAAAGAACCCAAGUGCAAGAAUAUCUCAUUAGGCCAGUGACUGAUGGAGGGGAGGCAGAGCAGGCGCAACUGUCUGCUUCCUGCAGAUGUUUUCCAUCGGCUGCUCCAAGGCUGAGCAGCAGAAGCUUGUCUCCUAAAUUGGCCCUGAUGGAGCGGCAGCCGUGGCCCUCAGAGGCUCACUGAAAAGGAGGCGGGCGAAGCAGAGGUUUCAGCAUUUGCUUGGCAAAAUGAGGGCCCAUCAAUUUCCUGCUGAUAGGAAGCAGGGAGAACCUGGGCAACAGGCAUCUCCCCCCCCCCCCCCCCCAAGGAUCGCUAACCCUAGACAGUAUUGGCUGCCUUCCUUCUCCGGCCCUCCCUGGGCCCAGAGAUGGUUCCUCAUACCAAAGAUGCCAACACAUGGCCGAGUCCAGUGUGUUCCCUCCCCUUCCCUGCCCACCUUCUGCUGUGGGUGCUCCUCAGGAGGGAAAGGAUUCCAAGGUGGGUGACAGGAGGGCACAAGCAGGUUCAGCAGAGGGCCUGGCCACCUACCAAUCGGACAAUCAGCUCAUGAAAGUCAGGGUGGGCUGUGUGCUUGACUUUGAUCUUUGUCUGCCGCUGCUCUUCCCUACCUCACCCGGCCGCUGGCAACAGCAUCCCCAAGAGUAAAUUCCCUUAGAGCCUGGUAAGUUCUACGUGCCUCUGGGUACAAAAGUGCCUGACCCAACAUGCUCUGGAAAUCCUAAAUGCCGCGGUCCGAGGUUGACGUUUAAAAUCUAUGCUCAUGUUGAAAGAGUGUGUAUUUUGUUUUUACCUUGUAGAGCUUGUCUAAGAAGCAGCGAAAAUAAACACCUAACCUUCCGUGAAUUUCAGGCUUUUCUUUGUAUUCUGUCAAUCACCUGGCCACCCAUUCCUUCACUGCCUCCAUGGGCCUUCUGAUUGGAGCUUGUUGAGUCAGGCAACGUGCAAGGCCAGCGCAGAAUGAUCUGGGCUAGAGCGCGGCUCACAGGAGGGGCAGACGUACAGACCUACAGCAAUAGGCCAGUAAGGACACGGGUGAGAUCCCGGUGGCACAGUGCAGGAGCAUGUGAAAGGAGCACCCAAGGCCCACGGAGGGGCGGGGAAGGCUUCCUGGAGGGAGUGCUGUGGUCUGAAAGCUGCAGCCCUGAGUGUAGGUUAGAGCAGCAGGGCUUCUCAAACUAUUAUGUGCAAGGGAGUCACGUAGGGAUCUUGUUCACGGGUCCAGGUGAGGCCCGAGACUGUGCAUUUCUAAUAAGGUCCCAGGUGACACUGAAGGUGUUGAUCCUCGGACACUCUGAGUUACAAGGGCUCUCAGCUGGCUUCCUUCGUCUCUGCCGUGCUGUAGUCCACAGCCCACAAGCAGCCACGCCAGUCUCUGCCCCAUUCAUCUUCCCCACGACCCUGGUUCCCUGGCUGUGCUGGGAGGGAUGCCUCUGCAUACUGCCAAUGCUGCUGCGACCCCGUUGUUCUCUUAAAGGCAGAGGGAGUUCACGCUCACCAGAGCCGCCGCCCUGCCCUCCGUGCUCCACACAGGAUGCCCCCGGGGUGUGCUGCAUGUCAGGCCUGAGUCCAUCAGGAAACAGGAACUCUCUUCAGAGAACACCCAACUGUCAUGCGGUCAAGCUCUUCCACUGAAGCAACCAGAAUUGUCUAACUGUGUAGGGAAGAAAACCAGAAACCCAUGUGCAGAAGGAAGUCUAGUGGCUAAAAACCAGUUCUUGGGAACAAUAACCAAAAGAUGGCCUUGCCAUUUUGAGCCCAUGAUAAGGAUUUUCUAAAGAAGGAACCAUGGCCAGAAAACAACUUCACUACAGAUGAUUUUCAACAGAAAAAAACCUUGUGCUUGGAGGUUUGUUUUUCUAUUUGGUGUCCUCCUACGUCUAACGCUGGGAGAGUAAAGUUUAAAAAGAAGCAUAAAAUAGUUGAAAAACAGCCACUAUUCGGGUAGCUCACAUAAGAACUAAGAAGCAACCAAAAUAACUCGUAUUAGUUAGAGAGAAGAAUUAUCAUUCAGCUCUUUGACAAGCUGACUCUUUUCCAAAAGCAACGAAGUGGGCCCUUGGAAGGGCGGAGGCUCCUUGCACUGGGGCGCGUCCCUGGUCUCCUCACAGAGAGAGUUGGUGCCAGUAGAGCAGAACGCAGUCCCACCAGACCAGCACCAACUUCUCCUAACAAAUAUGUUGAAAAUCUCUUUUUACUAACCUAAAAUGAAAUUCAGAAAUAAUAAAAUCUACCUAUGCAUAUAGUUUUUAAAAUCAACUUAAGGUCUUAAUUGAAAUUUAAAGUAGAAAUAAAGAUAUUUACACUAAAAAUAUAUAACUCUAAAAAUGAAUAGUAAUUAUUAUAAGUAAUAAUCUUAUAAUAAAUGAGUUGGUUUUAAGACAAAUGCAAUGAUAUUCAACUAAACAUCGUUGACCCUCUAUGACAUAUUUUAAAAAUAAGGGCUAAAGAAUGUGUGUGUGUGUGCUCAUACACAUGCUUGUGUGGACGCAUGCACACACUGUGUGUUUGAAACAGUGUUGAAUACGGUGGAGAAGUCAAGUAGGGUGGAGACCAAUAAAUUUCCACUGGAUUUGGAAAUAUGGAAA